AUGGCCAGCAGUGUUUCUGGGUGCAGUUCCCACCGGAAAUUCUCGGCCCCUCGGCAUGGCCACCUGGGCUUCCUGCCCCAUAAGCGGAGUCGCCGGCACCGGGGCAAGGUGAAGACAUGGCCGAAGGACGACCCCAGCCAGCCAGUGCACCUGACGGCCUUCCUGGGCUACAAGGCAGGCAUGACUCACACACUGCGGGAAGUGCACCGGCCUGGCCUGAAAAUUUCCAAGCGGGAGAGUGAGGCAGUGACAAUUGUGGAGACGCCGCCGCUGGUGGUGGUAGGCGUGGUGGGCUAUGUGGCCACCCCCCGUGGCCUGCGGAGCUUCAAGACCAUCUUUGCUGAGCACCUGAGUGACCAGUGCCGGCGGCACUUCUACAAGGACUGGCAUAGGAGCAAGAAGAAGGCCUUUACCAAGGCCUGCAAGCGCUGGCGCGACGCUCAGGGCAAGAAGCAGCUGCAAAAGGACUUUGCGGCCAUGAAGAAGUACUGCAAAGUCAUCCGGGUCAUCGUCCACACCCAGAUGCAGCUGCUUCACUUCCGGCAGAAGAAGGCCCACAUCAUGGAGGUCCAGCUCAACGGCGGCACGGUGGCUGAAAAGGUGGCUUGGGCACAGGCACGCCUGGAAAAGCAGGUGCCAGUGAACAGCGUGUUCAGUCAAAAUGAGGUCAUCGACGUCAUCGCUGUCACCAAGGGCAAGGGCAUUAAAGGGGUCACUAGCCGCUGGCACACCAAGAAGCUUCCCCGCAAGACCCAUAAGGGGCUACGCAAGGUGGCAUGUAUUGGAGCCUGGCACCCUGCCCGCGUGGGCUGCUCCAUUGCCCGGGCAGGCCAAAAGGGCUACCAUCACCGCACAGAGCUCAACAAGAAGAUCUACCGCAUCGGCCAGGGGCUGCAUGAGGACGGCAAAAUGGUCGGGAACAAUGCCUCCACCAGCUAUGACAUGACCAACAAGAGCAUCACACCCACUGGUCACCCACAGGGCGGCUUCCCCCACUAUGGUGAAGUGAACAACGACUUCAUCAUGCUUAAGGGCUGCAUCGCGGGGACCAAGAAGAGGGUCAUCACACUGCGGAAGUCCCUCCUGGUCCACCACAGCCGCCGGGCCCUGGAGAGCGUCGAGCUUAAGUUCAUCGACACCACCUCCAAGUUUGGCCACGGUUGCUUUCAGACAGCACAGGAGAAGAGGGCCUUCAUGGGGCCUCAGAAGAAGCAUCUUGAGAAGGAAAAGCGGGAGGCGGCUGCAGGAGACCUAUAG